AUGACGGUUCCGCUGCUGAAAAACAUCGAUCUUUACAAAAUCGACCUGGAUUUGCUGGAGGAGAAGCCGUGGCGCAACCCUGGUGCCGAUAUCACGGAUUACUUCAACUUUGGCUUCAACGAGCAGACGUGGCGCCUGUAUUGCUUGAAGCAGAAGCAGCUGAGGGCCGACUUUAGCGUGCGCAAG